CUGAGAGAAAGAGAGGAAGAGAGUGAGAGUGAGAAAGAGAGAGAGAAAGAACAGGAGGAGGGUGGGCAGGCUUAUUCUGCUGCUGUGGGGCUGUGUAGAAGCGAAGCGGCGCACUCCGGUGGCGACACUCUCACCAGCAUCAAGCCAGCAGCCCGAGCCCUGGACCCCCCCGAGCCUCCCCAGAGCAGCAGCAGCAGGCGGCACGGGCUCGCGGACGCAGCACCAUGGCACAAGCCGCCAAGCACCUCCGCAAGAACAAGGACUUAGAGGCUCUCGCCGAGCAGGAGCGCAAAGAGAAGGAGGAGGAGAGGGUGAAGAAGAGGAGCCGCUCACGGGACAAGAAGCGCAAGGCCCACGCUGUUCACCGCUGGCUAAUCGAACAGGACAAUAGUGUCAACUCUGAGCCGCCGGAUGGCCAGGGAGUGUGGCACUUUGAUGAAACAACUGAUGCUUCCACAAGUUUCCUACGUGCUGCCCGCUCAGGUAACCUUGACAAGGCUCUCGACCAUAUCAAGAAUGGCAUCGACAUCAACACAGCAAAUCAGAAUGGACUCAAUGGGUUACAUUUGGCCUCAAAAGAAGGUCAUGUUAAAAUGGUGCUGGAGCUACUGCACAAUGGCAUUGUACUUGAAACCACCACAAAGAAAGGGAACACGGCCCUCCACAUUGCUGCAUUAGCUGGACAGGAGCAAGUGGUCACAGAGUUGGUUAACUAUGGAGCCAAUGUCAAUGCCCAGUCCCAGAAGGGCUUCACUCCACUCUACAUGGCAGCACAAGAGAAUCAUCUAGAGGUGGUGAAGUUUCUCCUGGAGAAUGGAGCCAACCUGACCAUUCCAACUGAGGACGGCUUUACCCCUUUAGCUGUGGCUCUUCAGCAGGGUCAUGAAAACGUUGUCGCCUUGCUCCUCAGCUAUGGCACGAAGGGUAAGGUUCGCCUCCCUGCGCUGCACAUAGCAGCACGCAACGAUGACACUCGCACUGCUGCUGUGCUUCUGCAGAACGAUCCCAACCCGGAUGUACUCAGCAAGACAGGCUUCACACCACUUCAUAUUGCAGCACACUAUGAGAACCUAAAUAUUGCUCAGCUACUGCUGAACAGAGGCGCUAAUGUCAACUUCACUCCCAAGAAUGGGAUUACACCCCUACAUAUUGCAUCCAGGAGGGGUAACGUGAUCAUGGUCAGGCUUCUUCUGGAUCGAGGAGCCACAAUUGAUGCUAAGACUAAAGAUGAGCUGACCCCACUUCACUGUGCUGCCAGAAAUGGCCAUGUUAGGAUUAUUGAGAUCCUGCUAGACCAAGGAGCACCCAUACAAGCUAAGACCAAAAACGGUCUUUCUCCAAUUCACAUGGCAGCUCAGGGGGACCACAUGGACUGUGUGCGACAGCUCUUGCAGUAUAAUGCUGAGAUCGAUGACAUCACACUCGACCACCUGACACCACUACAUGUGGCGGCACACUGUGGGCACCACCGAAUGGCCAAAGUGCUGCUGGACAAAGGAGCCAAGCCCAACACCCGUGCACUGAAUGGCUUUACGCCUCUCCAUAUAGCCUGUAAGAAGAAUCAUAUUCGUGUGAUGGACCUCCUCCUAAAGCAUUCAGCAUCCUUGGAAGCUGUGACAGAGUCAGGCCUCACUCCGCUCCAUGUUGCCUCCUUCAUGGGCCAUCUGAAUGUAGUGAAGAUCCUUCUACAGAAGGGAGCUUCUCCACAUGCUUCCAAUGUGAAAGUGGAAACACCUUUGCAUAUGGCAUCUCGAGCAGGUCACUGUGAAGUGGCAGAGUUUCUGCUACAAAACGCAGCUCCAGUAGAUGCCAAAGCAAAGGAUGACCAGACACCGCUGCACUGCGCCGCUCGCAUGGGCCACAAAGAGCUUGUGAAGCUGCUCCUGGAACGCAAGGCGAACCCAAACUCCACCACCACAGCCGGACACACACCACUGCACAUCGUUGCCCGAGAGGGGCACACACAGACUGCUUGCAUCUUGCUAGACAUGAAUGCCCAACAAACCAAGAUGACCAAGAAAGGCUUCACUCCCCUCCACGUGGCAGCGAAAUAUGGGAAGGUGGAUGUAGCAGAGUUGCUUCUCGAAAGAGGAGCCAACCCUAAUGCUGGAGGCAAGAACGGCCUAACACCACUUCAUGUAGCUGUACAUCACAACAACCUGGACGUGGUCAACUUACUUGUUAGCAAGGGCAGCUCACCGCACAGUGCUGCAAGAAAUGGCUACACUCCCCUCCACAUUGCCUCCAAGCAGAACCAGAUAGAGGUGGCCACUAGUCUUCUGCAGUACAGUGCCUCCCCCAAUGCUGAGUCAUUGCAGGGGGUCACUCCCUUGCACUUAGCUUCCCAGGAGGGUCUAGCUGACAUGGUCUCCUUGCUCAUCUCCAAGCAGGCCAAUGUCAACUUGGGCAACAAGAGUGGGCUGACCCCCCUUCACCUGGUCGCUCAGGAGGGCCACGUGGGCAUUGCUGACAUUCUGGUGAAGCAGGGGGCAUCUGUGUAUGCUGCUACACGGAUGGGCUAUACUCCACUUCACGUGGCUUGUCAUUAUGGCAACAUUAAAAUGGUCAAGUUCCUCUUGCAGCAACAAGCCAAUGUCAACAGCAAGACACGGGUUGGAUAUACUCCCCUCCACCAGGCUGCCCAACAGGGCCACACUGAUAUUGUGACGUUGCUUCUCAAACAUGGUGCACAACCCAAUGAAAUUACUACUAAUGGCACGUCUGCUCUGGCCAUAGCAAAGCGGCUGGGAUAUAUCUCUGUAAUUGAUGUUCUCAAAUUGGUUACUGAAGAAACAGUUACCAUGACCACAACUGAAAAACAUCGAAUGAGUUUCCCUGAGACAGUGGACGAGAUCUUGGAUGUAUCUGAAGAUGAAGGAGUUGCACAGCUAACGCUAGGCGAGGAGCUGCUGGGAACAGAGGGUGCCAGGUACUUGAAGAUGGACGACUUGAAGGACCAUGAUGAGGAAUUCCUCUCCCCCAAGCCAGUGAUAGAAACCUACUCACCAGCUAUUCCAAGGAUCCCUUGUGUGUCUCCUGAAACAGUCAUACUAAAAGAGCAUGACAUUGAGCAGCAGCAUACCCCUCUCCCCUUGCCCAAAGAAUAUGAUGAAGAUUCAUUAAUCCCAAGCAGUCCAGCCACAGAAACCUCAGACAAUGUCAGUCCAGUAGCCAGCCCCAUCCACACUGGCUUCUUGGUGAGUUUUAUGGUGGAUGCACGAGGUGGCUCAAUGAGAGGGAGCCGACACAAUGGUCUGCGUGUCAUCAUACCACCACGAACAUGUGCGGCCCCAACACGCAUAACCUGCCGCCUGGUCAAGCCUCAAAAACUCUCCACGCCACCCCCUCUGGUGGAGGGCGAGGGGCUCGCUAGCCGGAUCAUCUCCCUGGGUCCAGCUGGCAUGCAGUUCUUAGGACCAGUAAUCGUAGAGAUCCCACAUUUUGCGGCUCUUGGCCGGGGAGACAGAGAGCUGGUGGUCCUGAGGAGUGAAAAUGGUUCAGUCUGGAAGGAGCAUCGAAAUCGCUAUGGUGAUGAGGUGUUGGAGACCAUCCUCAAUGGCAUGGAUGAAGACUUAGAAACUCAGGAAGAGCUUGGUAAGAAGCGCAUCAGACGCAUCAUCUCCACUGACUUCCCCCUCUACUUCGCUGUGGUCUCCCGCAUUCAGCAGGAGAGUGAACUGGUUGGCCCAGAGGGGGGUCACCUGGCCAGCAAAGUCCUGACUAUGGUCCAAGCCAGUUUUCCAGAGACAGCUGUCACCAAGCGGGUUCGUCUCGGACUGCAGGCCCAGCCUGUCCCUGACGAGCUGGUGGCCAAGUUGCUGGGGAAUCAGGCAACGUUCAGUCCUGUGGUGACUGUGGAACCGAGGCGCCGUAAGUUCCACCGGCCCAUUGGCCUGCGCAUCCCGCUGCCCCCAUCCUGGAAGGAGAGCCCACGAGACGCCGGCGAGGGCGACACCACCAGCCUCCGUCUGCUGUGCAGUGUCAUCGGUGGUACUGCCCCCGCCCAGUGGGAGGAUAUAACUGGGACUACCAAACUUAUAUAUGCCAAUGACUGUGCCAACUUCACCACCAAUGUAUCUGCACGUUUCUGGCUAGCAGACUGUCCUCGAACUGCAGAAGCUGUUUCCUUCGCCAACCUGCUAUACCGUGAGCUGUCCGCGGUGCCCUACAUGGCCAAGUUUGUGGUGUUCGCCAAGAUGAACGAGGCACGGGAGGGUCGACUUCGCUGCUACUGUAUGACCGAUGACAAGAUGGACAAGACCCUGGAGCAGCAUGAGAACUUCACUGAAGUGGCCCGCAGCAGAGAUAUUGAGGUAUUGGAGGGCAUGCCAUUACACUUGGAGUGCUCCGGGAACUUGGUUCCAAUGCGCAAAGCUACCCAGCAGCCCCGCUGUUUCAGCUUCCAGGCUUUCAGAGACAACAGACUUCCUGUCUCAGUAAAGGUAAGAGAUAGCAGUAAAGACCCAUCUGGUUUCUUGUCCUUCUUACGCAAGUCUACCAAGUAUGAGGACAGCCAGCAAGUACUCUGCAACCUCAAUAUUACCAUGCCACCAUGCAUAAAGAUAAUAGGGGGUGAUGACAGAAGAAAGACAUUAACCCCUUUGGCCCUUAGAGAGAGGUACAGUGCUCUCAAUGAACCAGCUAUGGCAUCAAUGAGCGCCAUGGAAAGGACGGAGUUAAAGAUGGCUGUAAUAGCUGAACAGCUGGGACUGAGUUGGGCUGAACUGGCUCGAGAACUUCAGUUCAAUGUUGAUGAAAUUAAUAAGAUCCGUGUGGAGAAUCCCAAUUCCCUUCUGGAGCAGAGCUCAGCAUUGCUUCAUGUGUGGGCAACCCGAGAAGGAAAGAAGGCAAAGAUGGAGAGCCUGUUUGUGGCUCUGAAGAGCAUUGAUCGAAUGGACAUUGUGAACAUGCUUGAGGGACAACAGGCAGGUCAACAGGGGAACCGGGAACACGAAACAUCUAGACGCCGCCACAAUGACCGAGACCACCUUUCUACUGGCAUGAUGAAUGGUUAUGGGCUGGUGGCACAGGAGCAGCUGCUCUCGCCCACCUCCCUGCAGCACAGCCCCCCCUCGCCGCUGGGCCAAGAGCCCUACUGGCAGGAAGUGUCAAGCAUGGAGUGUGCGCCCAUCGCCACUACAGAGGAAGACACACUCAUGGAGAUGUCUGAGGUGCAGGUGUGGCCCUCAGGCAAGAGCCCCUCGCUGGUGGCAGUGGAGGACUCCUCCCUAGAGUGCAGCAACACUGAAGACUCUGAAGGGCAGUUCUACGGGAGCCUAGGGAGGCCAGGAAGCCUAACCCCAGGUGGAACACAGGUGACCAGGGAGCUGAGUGGCUCCGUUGAGCUGCUAGAGGACCAAUCCAUUGGGGCUGAUUCAGAGAACAGCGCCGCCACCCCUGACAUGAGCAAAGGGGUCAACAUCAAUGGCCUAGACAGAGGUCAAGGGUCGGAGAUGGACAAGAAAGGAGAGGCCACUGCUGACACAGGCAGUGGCCCCAAAGGAGCCGAUGGGGGGCUGGGAGGAGGCAAUGAAGGAGGAGAUAGAGGAGGAGAUGGUGCAGGCUUAGAGGAAGGCUUGUCUCUUGUUGCAGGGCAGCAGAGGAUUUACUCUCGAAUGAGUGAGUCAUCAGGAUUUAGCCGUGUGGCUGAUCACAAUGGCGAAAGGUUGAGUGGUGGUUCUUUCCUGUCCUACCUCCAGGACCAGUCUGGCCCUGGUUGGCAUGCUCCAGAUCCCACACAGAACUGGAUAGGAUCUCCACAGUCGCCCAGUCCCAGACAGGCCAUGGAGUCCAUGAUGUCUUCAGUGAGGGCAGCAGUGGAUGGAGAUUUGUGCCGGUCCCAUCUGUCCCAGGAACCCUUGCUCCAGCCAGUGCGAGACAUGGGACACUCUGAAUUCCUGCGGGGGCAUUUCCGAGGAACGCAGCCUUUCGAGAAAGGACUGGGCUUCCCCCACAGAGUGCCUGAACUUCCAGGAUGGGAAGACAUGCAUCUCAGACGACAAGGUGAUGAGGCCGAGGACCUUCCUGGAGAGCAAGUGAGAGAGGAGCAGUUUACAGAUGAGCAUGGCAACAUCGUCACCAAGAAGAUUGUGCGGAAAGUGGUUCGAAGAGGGAAGGGAGAGGAGGGGGGUCAGGAGCUCAUUAUAGAGGGACUGCCCCAUGAAGUGGAUGUGCUGGACUUGGAUGCCGAACAGUUCAUGAGCUACGCCGUCUUGGGCCGAGAGAAUAAGGUGGGCCUCUGAGCACGCCUGGAUCUGAGCUGGCCAGUGUGGACUGUGCUUGGUUGAUUUGUGCUACAAGUUGGGUAGUGUUUUCAGUACAUAUAUUGGAUGUGUUUAAAAGUAGUGCAUUGAAUCUAGACUUUUUUUGUUUUGUUUUCAUUUGAAAGAAGAUUUACGAAUACUUAUUCCAAGAGUCAGCAAUGGAAUUUAUAGCAAUGGAAUGUCCAAACAUGGACUGGCAAUGGGUUCCUUUUCAUGCUGUUUGUAAUAUGUCCACUGACCAGGUGUGCCAUGAUAUAUAUCAUCUACCAAGAUAUUUAUUAACGUAAGAUGCAAACUAAAGUGUGUAGUGCAAAUUAUAAUUAAAGGCUGAUCUGGCAUAUAUUCGUAACAUUAAAAAUUUUGGUAUUUC